AUGGGCAAGAAAGUGGAAAAAAGGGUAAAAGGGCCGAAGAAUGCCUCCAAGGAUCCAAAAAAUGUCAAGAAGGAUAGAGUAAACCUGAAACAAAAAAAGGGAAGACCAUUAAAAAAGGGAGGUGGUAAAAAGAAACUCGUUGGUAAAGGGAAGAAUGAUCUUAAAACCGCAAAGAAGAAAGUUAGUGCAAGGGAGUCCAAAUUGGAGUUCAAAAAACGCUUGAAUAAAAUGUACAGUAAUCUCCUAUUGGAACAUCGAGAUUCCGCAAAGACCCAAAAAACCAUAGGCUUGCUCCUCAAAGAACUGGGAACGGACUAUUGUACGUCGUCAAACAAGAGAAAUGUAUCUAGAAUCUUACAAGCGUGUCUAAAGUACGGAGAUGUAGAAGUCAAGAGGUCAAUAGCUGAAGUGGUCAAGGGGAAUUUUAACAUAUCCAACUUGAAUCUGCAUAGCAGUAGAUUUCUCAUCAAACUCUACCAUUACUGUAAUACUGAAGUUAAGCAGUAUUUGAGUAAUGCCUUCUUUAAUGACAAAGAUAAAAAGCUCCUUUUCAGUAGAUAUGGAUCUGAUAUCAUGGACAUUAUGUACUCCAAAAUGAAGAAUAAGGAACAACUUGCAACGCUUAAGUUGUACACACUUUCAAACGCAUUUUUGCUCAAUCAUGAUCUAACUAGGCAGAUUUUAAGUGCAAAUUCAAUUAGCCAGUUCAUUAACAUAAUUUUGGAAAGUCCGGACAAGGAUUCGUGUAAAGAGAAACUAUCUUCCGUCAUUACAAAGCUGGUGGAAAAAGAAUUAUUUACAUCUUCCCUAUCGCAUGAUCUUCUUUAUAUUUAUCUACAUUUAAUUGAUGAUUUUGGUGAAUUGAUAUCGCAACUCUACAAGGUCUUUGGUCAAUUGUUGUCGACUAGAAACGGAAAUUUUACAUUAUGCAAAUUGUUUGGACAUGCAACGAGCAAGAUUAGGAAAUUUAUCGUAAAAACAUUAAAGACAGAUUUUCCCGAGGCAAUAUAUAAUAGGAUUAAUGUGUCAUUCGUUAUAAAGGCUGUGAUGUGCACCGAUGAUACAAAGUUGACUUUGCAAUAUCUAAUAAAACCACAUCAAGAGACGCUGAAAGAGGUCAUAUUCCAUCCUUUUGCCCAUAGAUUUGUACUUGCUAUUGUUGAUCCACAACCACUUGUUGAUUCCCCUACAAGCGUUAAAGAUCAAGAAACUAGACAAAAGGAACUUCAGGAAGGCAUUGUACCAAAUUUGGUUGAGCUAUUCAACCAGCUCGAUCUAAAGAAUGCUUUAGAAGAUAAAUUUGCUAGUGCCGUCCUCCUUCAUACGCUAAAGCUGUCAAAGGAUCAAGAAUUACUCAAAAAGAUAUUGUCUGUAUUUUCUGACUCGGUCAAUGAAGGAUUGGGGUUACUUGAAAAUCAAAUUUCCCUUUGGUUUUUGCAAUCGCUAAUAAAACCUUCCAACAAGGUCAGUUAUGAGCUAUCUGGUCUUAAACUUCCCGAGCUUAUUUGGGAAUUUUUGAAGGGAAAGGUUAAGGAUUUGUUGUUAAGCAAAGCUGUUUUUCUCCUUGUAGACUUGUAUGAAGCUUCGGUCAAACAUGAAAAUGGUUCACUAGUCAGUGAGAUGAAGGAUACUGUGACUAUGAAGGAUAUUAAAAAGUGCAAAAAGAUCCUUGGUGAGGAUAAAUGCACCGGAAUUAAUCUACUGGAAAAGCUUGUGAAUGGCAAGGAAGAUUAG